AAGUGCUGAGUGCUACGACGAGAGUAUAAAAUGGUCAGUGCGCUAGUCUAGCCUCGUCAGAAGUUCGUGUGCAUCUCGGUUGAGUGAAGUGUCGGUACUUUCUUAUCUACUGUUUUUCUAAAUCCAUCUUUUCAAGAUGCCCUGCGGAGGUUGUGGAAACGAUUGCAAAUGCACAUCCGAAAAGUGCGGAGAUAACUGCAAGUGCGACAAAAGCUGCAAUUGCACUUGCAAGUCAGGAACCAAGGAACAAUGCUGCAAAGGGAAGUGAGUUGUCUGCGAGGUUGUUGCUCAGUUUGCCGGCAAUUAUGGACCCUCUGAACAAAAACUAGUAGCUUGCCGGGAACGAGUUUUCGCCCACUAGGCGUCCAUCGAAUUUCAUCACAUAGACAACAAGCGUAUUUUUUGUCCACUUCUACUCCAGUAAAUUAUUCUAGUGUUCAGCACUCUCAUGAUAAAACAAUUUUCUCAUGCAUUUAAAUGUCUGUUAGUAUUAUGAUUGUAUGUACACUUUAAUUUUUAAUUUUUCUACUCUCCACGAAUAAAUUAUUCUAUCAAAAUCAA